AUGACUUCUGAUUUAGAAACAAAAACUCUUUUGGAUAAUCAUCAAGAGGAAGAGCGAACUGAGAAAAAUCCAUCGGAUUCUUCUACGUCUUUAUUGGAUAUAUGUUUUCGUGUGGUUUUGAUCAUUCUGUUUCUGAUAGGGUCAGAAAUGGGUGGUUUGACGAAAAACCAGUAUGUAUAUAAGUGGGUAGAGGAAAAUUCAAACUCGAGCACCAACGUGAUGAACACUUCUUAUGACAGCACAUCGACAACUAUAUCACCAGAUCCGUGUGGGGGCAGUGUCAGCGCCAAAAGUGAAAAGAAAGACCAGUCAGAGGCGGCAUUAUGGUUGUUAUACUUUUCCCUAUGUGAACAUGGGAUAGCUAUUCCGAUGAUAAUGAUGUAUAGUUCAUAUUCGGAUUUCGUUGGAAGAAAACCGCUUAUGAUGAUUUCCUGUAUCGGCUACUGUCUACAAUAUGCUAUCAAGAGUUUUAUUGUUUACAAAAACCUUUCAUUAGUUUAUUUCUUUAUUCCGUAUGUUUUGUCGGGAAUAAGUGGUGGCCACUUCCCAUUUUAUAUUGCGAUGAGCGCAUCUGUUGCAGACAAAACGGACAAUAACAAGAAGAGGGCUUUUGGUGUAGCAUUAUUCGAAGCGGUAACUGGGGUUGGUAUAAGUACCGCUCAAGUUGGUACUGGGUACCUGAUAAAGGAGUUUGGAUAUUUGUACCCCAUGGUAGCAUCGUCAGGAAUAUUCGCUGUGUGUUUCUUCAUUACACUGUUUGCAAUAAAGGAAACACGUUUACCUAGAUCAACCAAACAUAUCACAAUAGGCGUUCAUCUAAAAAAUAUUUUUGGAAUGUUUUUAAGCAAAUCUUAUAUCCUGACUGGCAGUGUUUUAACAUUCAAUUUGACAAUGUUAACUAUUUUUCUCUUGCUUAUGGCUGCAUCGGAUUACUCUACAAUUGGAGCACUUUAUCAGCUUCGUUCGCCAUUUUGUUGGGAUUCAAGUAAAAUAGGGUGGUAUGGAUUCGGAACCGAUAUUUUAAAAUACCUCUUUGGUUUGGUAGUUGUUAAGUGGCUGCAGAUGUGCCUUCCUGACGUUACAGUGAUCAUGAUCACCAUCACAUCCGCUAUUGCUUCUUCAGUUAUUACAGGUUUUGCUGACACAAGUCUGAUGCUGUAUAUAAGUUCAGCGGCGGGUAUGCUCUCUCUCAUGUCUAGACCUCUUCUCCGAGCUUUUGCCUCUAACUUGAUCGAAAAAGAUAAACAAGGUGCUGUAUUUGGCAAUACAUAUGUGAUUGAUAACAUAUGUAAUAUGGUCGGCAAGACUAUCUUCAGCGAAAUAUACGCUCGGACUCAGACUUUCAUGGCCGGUUUUGUAUUCCUUAUAAUGGGGGUAUUUAACCUAACAUCGUUGAUUGUGUUCAUAAUUAUAUGUCUAUUUGGUGGUAUGCAUCCAGAAGCUGGAUCGAAAAGGACUAGUACUGCUUACAAAAGGACAAGCGAUAUAGCAACCUAUGGGUCGACUACACAGCAUUCAUCCAAUGUUAACUCGGGUGGGAAUAGAUCAAGCGAGGUGUGA